CAUGCCGGGGAUGGACACAUAGGAUAACAUGCCGGGGAUGGACACACAUAGGAUAACAUGCCGGGGAUGGACACAUAGGAUAACAUGCCGGGGAUGGACACAUAGGAUAACACGCUGGGGAUGGACACAUAGGAUAACAUGCCGGGGAUGGACACGUAGGAUAACAUGCCGGGGAUGGACACAUAGGAUAACAUGCCGGGGAUGGACACAUAGGAUAACAUGCCGGGGAUGGACACGUAGGAUAACAUGCCGGGGAUGGACACAUAGGAUAACAUGCCGGGGAUGGACACAUAGGAUAACA